AUGCAGGACUACGCCAUGCCACGCCAACAGGAGGAGGAGUCCAGGUGGCUGCAGGCAGGGGAGUGCAGCAGCAAGGAUGUCGUCGACCUAGUGGUGCUGUACCAGUUCAUUGCCGGACUACUGCAGGGGACAGUGGAAUGGGACCAUGGCAUUGGACACAGUCUGCCACCCCCUUUACUAGACAAGGCAGUCCAGCUGGGAGAGCCACUUAUUAAGAAGGGCAGAGCGAACCCACAGGUCUACAUAGACCUCGAGAUCGGAAAUAAACCUGCAGGAAGACUGCGCAUGUUACUCCGAGCUGACGUGGUGCCCAUGACUGCAGAUGAGGACUCGUUCGAGCUGCACAUGGUGCUGUUGGAACAGGAGGAUGUGGAGAAACAGAUCCGCGGCCUACUGGACAAGCAGGCCAAGGUGCUGGAGCGAAGAACCGUGCUGGAAACAUCUUGUGCUUCCACCUACACAUCCAAGGUACCCGGGAUCCUGAAGAAGGAUGAGCGCAUUGGAGCGGUCGUGCUGCACGUGGGGGCGAAUGACAUCAGGCUGUGGCAGAUGGAGGUUCUGAAGAGGGCCAUCACCAGCCUGAUCAAGACGGUACGAGGCAGAUCACCCACCAUGAAGAUCAUCGUCUCUGGACCUCUUCCCACACAAGUGGAGCUGAAAAGUUCAGUAGACUUCUUGCUUUGAAUGACUGGUUAGUUUCCUGGUGUAAUGAACAGAAUCUGCUGUUUGUUAAUAACUGGAAUCUUUUCUGGGAGCGUCCUAGGUUGUUUUGUCCUGAUGGCCUGCACCUAGCAGCCCUGGAGCGGAACUGCUGUAAGACAACAUCUCCAACACGCUACACAUCAAGUAACUGCCUACUGUAAGUACAUCUUCCUACAAUAACAACAUUCAUCAUAAGCAAUGUUCAGUUAAUAGUUCAACACUUGUAGUACAUACUAUAGAGACUGUGUCUGUUCCCCAAGCUAUACAAAUACAUAGAAAAUUUCGGAAAGUUUGUUUUAGUAACCUAAUUAACAUAAAAUUAGCUCAUACCGAAUGCACAUCUAUCAUCUUUAAUCUGAAGCUAGGACUAUUAAACAUUAGAUCUCUUGCGUCUAAGGCUAUUAUUGUUAACGAAAUCCUUACUGAUCGGGAAUUUAAUGUGUUUAACAGAAACUUGGAUUAAACCAAACGAGUACAUAGCAUUAAAUGAAGCCAGUCCUCCUGGAUACGUACAUUAGCCUCGUUCAAAUUGUUAUGUACAUCAGCCUCGUUCAACUGGUAGAGGAGGAGGUGUUGGUCUCAUCCAUAGUCAAAAUCUAGGUGUCACAAAAAAAAACCUAGUAAUAAAUUUAAUUCUAUUGAAAUUUUUAUACCAAUAUAACUUAUGUAGCCACAAAAAAGAAGUCAAUUCCUCUAAUUAUUAUUUACAUAUGUGCGCAUGGUGGCUUAGUGGUAAGCACGUUCGACUCACACCUCCAGUGUCAGGGGUUCCCACCGUGGCCCUGUGUAUACGGAGUUUGCAUGUUCUUCCCGUGCUGCAGGAGUUUCCUCCGGGUACUCUGGUUUCCUCCCCCAGUCAAAAGACAUGCAUGGUAGGCUGAUUGGCAUGUCUAAAGUGUCUGUUGUGUAUGAAUGAGUGUGUGAGUGUGUAUGUGAUUGUGCCCUGCGAUGGAUUGGCACCCUGUCCAGGGUAUACCCCGCCUUGUGCCCGAUGCUCCCUGGGAUAGGCUCCAGGUUUCUCCUUGACCCUGAAGAGGAUAAGCGUUAUAGAAGAUGGAUGGAUGGAUUAUUUUGUGAAUUUGCAGACUUUAUCUCAAACCUGGUUGUUCCUGUAGAUAAAGCAUUCAUCGUCUGUGAUUUUAAUAUUCAUUUGGAUAACUCGGAAGACCCUCUGAGAACACUGGUUGUGUCCAUCUUAGAUUCAGUAGGGGUUAAUCAGAGUGUAAUCGGACCUACUUAUAAUUAUAGUCACACUCUUGACCUCAUACUAACAUAUGGAUUAAAUAUAGAAAAUAUUGUAAUUUUUCCGCAGUCUGAAAUUGUCUCAGACCAUUAUUUUAUCUCGUUCAUAAUACUUAUUGAUCAUAAUACUUCCACCUCGCCUCGCUACUGUGUAAAAUGUACUUUCACAUCAGCUACUGCACCAAGCUUCAUAAAUAAGCUCCCAGAGACAUCAGUUAGAUUUGGAUCACCGUCUCAUGCGAUAGAACUCGAUCAGGUGACUGAAUGCUUAGAGUAAACACUCCGCUACACGCAAGAUAGACUGGCUGCACUCAAAAGAAAAUUAAUUAGAGAGAAAAAGCUAGCACCCUGGUAUAACAAUAAAACGUGUAUCUUAAAACAGACUACUCGAAAAUUAGAACGUAAAUGGCAUCAAACCAAAUUGGUAAUAUUUCAAACAGCAUGGAAGGAGAGCCUACUGAACUAUAGAAAAUCUCUUAGUAAUGCUAGAAAAGUCUCUCUCCACCUUAAUAGGAGAUAACAAAAACAAUUUGAGAUUUCUAUUCAACACAGUAGCAAAAUUAACUAGGAAUAAAACCACUACAUAAAGAAGCACUCCUUCAUUACAUAGCAGCGAAGAUUUCAUGAAAUUUUUCAUUGGUGGGUUGAAAAUAUUAAAAAUUCAGGCUAUUAAAUUAAUACCAGACAGUAUUAUAACUAACCCUAUAGAUGAUAAUAUAGCAAUAUCAGAUCAACGAUUAGAAUGUUUUACUCCCCUUAGAGAGACUGAACUAGCUUCAUUAAUCUCUUCAGCGAAUUCAUCAACUUGCAUAAUAGAUCCUGUACCUACAUGUUUCUUUAAACAGAUUUGUCUUGGAGUAAUUGAAGCGCUUUUAAAUAUAAUCAAUUCUUCCCAUAGCACUGGCUAUGUACCUAAAUCACUUAAAUUAGCAGUUAUUAAACCCCUGAUUAAAAAACCUGACCUUGACUCCUCUCAAUUGUCCAGCUAUAGGCCUAUAUCAAAUCUCCUCUUCAUCUCCAAGAUCUUAGAAAGAUUGUAGCACAGCAGCUAUGCUCAUACUUGCAUCGGGAUAACAUUCAUGAAAUGUAUCAGUCAGGAUUUAGACCUCAUCAUAGCACAGAGACAGCGCUAGUUAAACUAGUAAACAACCUACUACUGGCCUCUGACCGUGGUUGUGUCUCACUGCUUGUUUUACUUGACCUUAGUGCAGCUUUUGAUACUAUAGAUCAUGCUAUUCUCCUUGAUAGAUUAGAAAAUGUUGUUGGCAUUAAGGGAACGGUCUUCUCCUGGCUCAGAUCUUAUUUGACCGAUCGUUAUCAGUUCGUAGAUGUAAAUGGAGACUUCCCCACGCAUACCGAGGUUAAAUUUGGUAUUCCACAAGGUUCUGCUUUAGGCCCACUGCUUUUUACUUUAUAUAUGCUACCUCUAGGUCAAAAUAUUCGUAAACAUGGAAUUAUCUUCCACUGUUAUGCUACUGAUACACAGUUGUAUGUUUCAGCGAAGCCAGAGGACAGACACCAGCUUAAUAAAGUUGAGUAAUGUGAAAAGGACAUUAAACCUUGGAUGCUAACUAACUUUCUUUUACUUAAUUCACAUAACACAGAAGUACUUGUACUAGGACCACCUGUAGCUAGAAGUAAGCUUUCUGACUACAGAGUAACUCUGGAUGGUCUUUCUGUUUCAUCAUGUGCAGCAGUAAAUGACCUUGGAGUAAUUAUUGACUCCAGUCUAUCAUUUGAUGCUCAUGUAGAUAAUAUUACUAGGAUAGCCUUCUUUCAUCUCAGAAAUAUUUCUAAGAUAAGAAAUAUAUUGUCACUAAAUGAUGCACAAAUAUUAGUUCAUGCUUUGGUCACCUCUAGACUAAAUUACUGUAAUGCCUUACUGUCUGGAUGUUCCAGUAGGAGCAUAAACAAACUCCAGUUAGUCCAGAAUGCAGCUGCUAGAGUCCUAACUAGAACCAGAAAAUACGAUCACAAACAUCACCACGUUCUUAUCAACACUGCAUUGGCUCCCAGUGAAAUCUCGCAUUGAUUAUAAAAUACUGUUAUUUACUUAUAAAUCACUAAACGGCCUCGUGCCACAGUAUCUAAGUGACCUUUUGGUUUUCUAUGAUCCGCCACACCUACUUAGAUCAAAAGAUGCAGGCUAUUUGACGGUACUUCAAAUAGCGAAGGCUACAGCAGGGGGAAGAGCUUUCUCUUACAGAGCCACACAGUUAUGGAACAGUCUUCCAAUUAGUGUUCGGGACUCAGAUACAGUCUCAGUGUUUAAGUCUAGGCUUAAAACAUAUUUGUUUACUCAAGCCUACCCUGACUAGACUUUCUGUUACGCUAAGCCCAGUCCUAACAAUCUUUUGUCUCCCUCUUUCAAUUCAAUUCAAUUCAAUUCAAUUUUAUUUGUAUAGCGCUUUUUACAAUAGACAUUGGCUCAAAGCAGCUUUACAGAAAUAUCAACAUGGUAUACAAAUAUUAAAGGUGCGAAUUUAUCCCAACUGAGCAAGCCACUGAGUGGCGACGGUGGCAAGGAAAAACUCCCUAAGAUGUUUUAAGAGGAAGAAACCUUGAGAGGAACCCGACUCAGAAGGGAACCCAUCCUCAUCUGGGU